UUGUGAAUGACGUAAUGAGCGUAAAACAAGAUGGCGGCGACUUAAGCAUAGAUCUGUAUGAACUACUUUAUCGUCAGAGAAGUCUGCCUCUCUUGAGGCUCUAGUGUUGUUUUCCAGUUGUUCCGGAAAAUAAGAAACUACUCGACUUGGUAAGACUGUUGAAGGCGUCGCUGAACCCCGCAGAAUAUCCUGCGGGUCUUGUUUCUUUCACCCUGCGACCCUCCGGUGACAGCCGGGGAGGCGAGGUGCUAACACACGGGAUGGACAGCGGAGAGUACAUCUCCACCAUGGAGAACAUGGACCCGACUUUAGCGGAAUUAGGGGACGAAUUCACCUUGGGAGACAUCGACGAGAUGCUGCAGUUUGUCAGUAACCAGGUGGGGGAUUUCCCAGACUUGUUUGAGGAUCAGAUGACCUCAGCAGGCUCUGGACAGAGUGGGGGCGCCAGCACCGCUCCGCGACCGGCCGUCCAAACUCCCCAAACUCCCCAAACUCCACAGACACCGACCCCUGUUGUCUACCAGAGCUCCACAGUUAGCCUUGCCCCCUCCCUGACACUGUCUCCCCAGUCUUUACCCCUCACCCCUCCCCUCACUCCGGUACAGACCCCCUCCCCCACCACCGUCUCCACAGUGCAGGUGCAUGUGACCCGCAGCCCUCCGCUCCUCCAGCCACGGCCUCAGGUGGUCCAGCCCAUCCAGCCUCAGCCCCAACAGACAGUCCAGCCCACCAUCCAGAUGCACACUCAGGGCAUCCCCAUGCAGACCCAGAGCUUCCCGGUCCACACCCUGGUUCAGACCCACAGCCAGACGCAGCUGCCCAUCCAGACCCAGGCGGCCCAAACCGUGAUGAUUGCCUCCAACGGCGGACAGUCACGUUUCAUCCAGAGCCCCGUCAUCUGCCACCAGAACCAUUCUUCUGGUUUCCAAGUCCUCCAACCACAGAUGCAGAGCAUUAUGACGUCGCCACAGCUCCAACCAAUGACCAUACAGCACCAGCGUGUUCUGACUCCAACCUGUCAGACCAUCCAGACUCUUUCCGCUGCGCCCACAGUCCACACUAUGCAGCAACAGAUGCAGCAAUUACCUGUUCUGGUCCAGCAGCCUCAGAUUCUGAAGACAGAUUCACUGGUUCUGACAACACUCAAACCGGACGGCACGCAGGUGCUGUCGACCAUGCAGAGCCCCACCGGGAUCACCACCUUGACUACGCCCAUGCAGAGCACAGCUCUGCAAGUCCCGACGCUGAUGAGCAGCAACAUCCUGACAACCGUCCCCGUUAUGUUGGGAGACAAGCUGCCAAUCAAACAGCUACAGGCAGGCUCCGCCCACGGCAAUAACGCAGCCAGAUCCAUCAUGGAGCAAAGCCAGAUGAUGGGAGUCAUAGGCCCGGGGGGGGUGGUGAAGGAGGGCGAGAGGAGGACGACACACAACAUCAUCGAGAAGAGGUACCGCUCCUCCAUAAACGACAAGAUCUUGGAGCUCAGAGACCUGGUCAUGGGCAAUGACGCCAAGAUGCACAAGUCAGGAGUGCUGAAGAAGGCCAUUGACUACAUUAAAUACCUGCAACAGGUCAACCAGAAACUACGGCAGGAGAACUUGUCCCUUAAGAUGGGCAACCAGAAGAACAAGCCAGUGAUUCGGUCUGAAGAUGUGGAUAUGAAAGAGGAAAUAGUGAUGAUGUCACCUCCAGCCUCGGACUCUGGUUCUGGUUCCCCUCCCCAGUUCUCUCCUUACUGUGUGGACUCAGAGCCAGGCAGCCCCUUGCUGGAUCACGAGCAGAUGAAGAGCGAGCCAGAUUCGCCCUCCUCGGUUGGAGUGAUGGACGGUUCUCGUCUGCUCCUCUGCGCCCUGACCUUCUUCUGCCUGUCUCUGAACCCUCUGCCAUCUUUGUUGGGCUCUGAGGCCUCAGGGAGCCCCGGGCUAUCUCCGGGCCACGGCCCGUCUAGAACGCUCGUCUGGUGGUUCCCAACUCACACGCAGGACUUUGCAUCCUGGCUGCGGUGCCUGUUGCCGUGGGUGAUGGUGUGGGUGCUGAGCGGGGUGGGAGCCGUGUGGGGCUGUGUUAGGGUGCUCUACCUGUGGGAGCCUGUCACACCCCUUCACUCGCCAAAAUCUGUGUCGUUCUGGAGGCAUCGCAAACAAGCCGACCUGCAUCUCAACAGGGGAGAUUACACCGCAGGAAUGGCCAGUUUAGAAACCUGCCUGUCCGUGUUGACCAGAGCUCUUCCCUCAACCAAUCUGGACCUGGUCUGCUCGCUGUCCUGGAACCUGAUACGCUACGUCUUGCAUCGUCCCACUCCUCUGGGUUGGCUAGUUCACCAGGUUGGGGGGAAGCACGAGGGGGAGGAGGCUAGGACGAGUGCGAAGGACGCAGCGCUAGUUUACCACCGACUGAGCCAGCUGCAACUCACAGGAAAGCUUCCUCAGCGCAGCAGCCUGUGGGCUCUGUCCGUGUCUCUGAGCGCUGUCAACCUCAGCGAGAGCGCACAAGGCAAGAUGGCCCUCGCCCAGCUCACGCAGAUCUAUGUCACUGCGGCAACAGCUCUGCGCACCAUGCUGGGCCACCACCUCUCCUGUCUGCCUGGUUACCUGUUGAGUUGUGCAGAGAGUGUGGCCAACCAAUCGGAGACCAAGCCGAUCCCCGACUGCCUGCGCUGGCUCUUCACCCCGCUGGGUAGGCAGUUCUUCCUGAGUUGCGAUUGGUCGGUGAAGUCAGAGAGCAGCGACGGGGUGUACUCUUCUCAGAGAGACCCAGCUGACCCCAUCGCCCAGCUGCACCGCUGUUUCUGCAGGAAGCUUCUGGAGAGAGCCGUUCACACCCUCAUCCAGCCACAGAGCGACUCUGAAGCAAGCAAACGCAAAACCGACUCUGGGGAGUUUUCCAGUGCCCUGGAGUUCCUCCAGUUGUUGAACAGCAGCACAGAGGACUCUCCUUCCCUUCCUCCUCCCUUCUCAACUCCUCCCAAUCACACCACCUCUCCAGUUGGAGACCCGGUGAGUCGUUGGUGGGCUUUGGUCUUGAAGGCUACCGUGCAUUGGCUGCAGGGCGACGAUGUCGCAGUGAGGUCACUUUUGGCAGAAGCAGAGCGGAUGCCGAGGGCUCUACACACUCUCGACCACCCUCUUCCCAAGGCUGUGCUGCUGCUUUGCAAGGCAGUUCAGAUGAGUCUGUCCCCUCUGAAGGGAGAAGGAGCGAUAGCCUGCCUGUCCCACUGCGACAGAGCCAGCAGCUACCUGCGCUCCAGCAUCUCGGUGCCCCUCGUCCAGACUGGGAACUGGCUGAACAAGGGGGUGGAGCUCCUGAUCUGUGACCUUCUGCUGACCCUGAGGACCAGUUUAUGGCAGCGGGGAGGCAGCAGUAAUGGAGAACCUGGCCCGGCCCCUGGAUCCCAGUUGGCUGGUUUCCAGAGGGACCUCAGCGCGCUCAGAAAGCUCACACAGUGCUACAGACAGGCGCAACACAAGGUGUUUCUCCAUGAGACCACAGUGAGGCUGAUGGCCGGAGCCAGUCCCACAAGGACGCACCAGCUGCUGGAGCACAACCUCCGACGCAGGACACACAACUCCCUAACAGCCGGUGAGUGCGUCCUGGGCGAGAGGGAGAGGGCUCAUGCCAUCCUGCUAGCCUGCCGCCACCUGCCCAUGCCCCUGCUAACCCCGCCCGGACAUCGCGCCCGCCUGCUGGCCGAGGCCAAGCGCACCCUGGAGCGGGUUGGAGACCGUCGGUCCCUGCAGGACUGUCAGCAGAUCCUUCUGCGCCUCAGCGGGGGCACGACGAUCGCUGCCUCCUGAACACACACACACACACACACACACACACACACACACACACACACACACACACACACACACACACACACACACACACACACACACACACACACACACACAUUAGGGCUACUCACAAUACAAUAAACUCUGUAAUUUGCUUUCAUACAUACAAAGACGUAAACCAGGCUACCCAUCCACCGAACAACCUGCAUUCACACCCUCAUCCUAAUCAAGGACUAUUCUCACACACAGACUGUCACUGUGUCCACACCGCAGCUGCAACACUUAAUGCUCCACAUUUGCUCCUUUUCGAUGCUUAGUUUCAUUGUUGCAGCACAAUCAUGCCACCUUCCGGUCAUUAACGGUACCACGCUGGCUUACUGCCUCAUUUUUAACAGCACUGAGGGAAAUCAGGUUAAAUAGGCCCCGAAGGUAAAAGGGACCAUUAUCUAAUAGCUGUUUUUAAAUGAAUGCAAUGCAGCAGUGCAUUGAUUAGCUGUAGGAUACCAAGCUGUACAAUCAUUAUUGGCACACGGCAAUGUGAGUGCUUCAGUAACUGUGUAAUGUCUCAUUAAACUUGCAAGCUUCAGAGUAUUCAGGAACAGACAGCCAUGGUCUGUUGAGCAUGACUGUGCUGUAAGAUGUAGACAGAUAGACUAGCUUGCUUUUAACCAUACAGUGCUGAGUAGUGUCUCUUCUUAUCUACCUCAUACACUGUACAAUGCCAGCACUGUACUGUGGAGCAAAAUAGGAUACCACCGAUGCUUCAACCCAAUGCAGCGUCAUUCCCAAUACACCUUGCGGAGCUGCUUUAUUUCGACUUUGGCAUGCAGCAGUACAGCACUUUAGGUAUUGACUUGCUGUCGAAGAAUGACAGACAGCUACUGCUGACGUGCUUCUUACUGUCAAACAGGAAAUGGGGGGGAAAUUAUUGGAUUUGCAGAACAUCUAAAUAACAGAUGCAAAACAUGGCCAGACAAGUUUGCAAAUGCCUACACACACACACACACACACACACACACACACACGUGCACGCAUUCCCACGAUGCAUAUACACAUCACAUAUUAAAUUAAUUGCAUACAAACUCACAAUGUGAUUGUAUAUAGGUUGUACAUAAGUAGAUAAACAGAAGUAGAUUAAAGAGGACAUUCUUACUUCUGCUUGAGAGGAGACGCACAUCAAAGAAAGCGCCGCAACAUGUCGAGGUUGGCUCGUAAUUCUUUUCCUGUCAGAUUCUGGUUAUGAUGGUCUAAGAACUGAGCAGUAGAUCCUUAAAGUGAUACUUCAACCAAAACUCUUUUUAUUAUCAAACAGUCGCCUGCUUUUGCCUUGCUAGGAGGCUUUAAAAAUGGUUUUCCCAGCAGAAAAAAGCAUCAAACAUCCAUAAGAGUGCCUGCUGUCCAUCCUUCUAAUCCGCCUUUCAAGCCUACAGGCAGUAAGUGUCAGGUACUCAAAAGAUGUCGGCUGGCGUAUCACUUUAAGAUACAUGCAAGUAAAAAUGGUCUGAACACACUGAUGAAAGUGAGGAAUAGUAUUCCUUGUGAAGUGAUGUCGAACUAUGACGUAAAGCUCUCAAGCAAAAUGGCCUUGACGUAAUGUAAAGAAUUAUUUUAAUAUGUUUCAUCAUAUUUGGAUUGAUGGAGGAGUUGUAUCUUUACGAAACCUUCGUCGAAUUUGCUUUUUAUUUGUAAUUGUGGACUUUAACAUGAGAAGACGUUUCUGUUUCUGUGCUCUGGUUUUCUUAUUUAAUGGUUAUGUAAUAUUAUUAUAAAUGCUUUUUCAGGGGGAAGGGAGCAGUUUUGUAGUUAUGUCAUUGUUAUUGUUUCAUUUUCGAUAAAAGCAGCCUGGGGUCGGAAACUGUCAGAAAGAGAAUAUCUAAUGGGAAGAUGUGUAUUUUAUGGAAGCCGGCGUUAAAACAAUUAGCCUGAUAUUUUAGACUCGCUCUUUUUUUUGUUGCUGUUUUUAAAAUGCAGGCAAACACACAUGUGUGCUAUUAGAAAUGUCCAGGACUCUCUCUUCCAGGUCAACCCAAGGUGUAAGUUAGCAACCUUAAGAGUCCUGAAAAUACUUCAGUUUGAAUGAUCUUUCCUGAAUAGUGAAAGUGUGCAAAGAAUUACGCAAUGCUCAGCCAGCCAUCGGCAGUCUGGUAUUUUUGCUAUCAUUAUAAUUAUGUUACAAUUGUAUUUCUUUGUCUUUCCCCUUUAUGUGUGUUAUUGUCUUACUUUCUGUGUUCAUUUUGAUGUUUGUUUUGUAAUAAAACAACACAUGACAGUG